GAUUUUGAGCUCCAGAUGUUGGUUGUGAGUCUGAAGGAACUGACAGCGACUAAAGAGGUUAUUCAGACUCUGGAGCAACUUUUGUGCGAUGACGCCUCACAGCUGGAGGAUGAACGCAGUCAGGUGACUCACAGUCGUGACACGUACCAGGACCUGGUUCGUCUGAUUGAGCAGCACCGAGCCGACCGAGCCGUGCAGCUCUCCAUCCUCAGGAUCCUGAACAAGAUACUGGACAACUACCAGGAGGAUGUGCUGCCGUGGCACGAGAGCAUCGAGCCCUGCCUAUCAUCCAUGACGGCAUUCGUCAGCGACAGAGAGGUGGUCCAGCAGUUCGUACGCUUCCUCUACCGGCUGGCGUCUCUGAACAAAGACUAUGCAGUGGUGAUGUGUCGUCUGGGGAUGAAAGAUGCUCUGGUGAAAGCUCUGGACAAACACGGCACAAACCUGCUGCUGGUCACAGAGCUCCGUGACCUAAUCUCCGACUGCGAGAAGUAUGCCAGCCUUUACAAGAAGAUGACCACCAGCGUCCUUGCCGGCUGUAUUCAGAUGGUUCUGGGUCAGAUCGAGGAGCACCGCCGCAGCCAUCAACCAAUCAAUAUCCCCUUCUUCGACGUCUUCCUCAGGAACCUGUGCCAAGGGUCCAGUGUGGAGCUGAAAGAGGACAAGUGCUGGGAGAAGGUGGAGGUCUCCUCCAAUCACCAUCGAGCAAACAAACUGACAGACAAGAACCCAAAAACGUACUGGGAGUCUAACGGCUGUACGGGGUCGCACUUCAUCAAUGUCUACAUGCACAAAGGCGUCGUCAUCAGGCAACUGGCCAUCCUGGUGGCCAGCGAGGACUCCAGUUAUAUGCCGGCCCGGGUUCUGGUUCUAGGAGGAGACGACCCAACCAACAUCAACACAGAGCUCAACAUUGUGAACGUGACUCCGUCAGCCAGUCGUGUGGUUCUGCUGGAAAACAUGACCCGCUUCUGGUCCAUCAUCCAGAUCAGGAUCAAGAGAUGUCAGCAGGGCGGGAUCGACACUCGGGUCCACGGGUUCGAGGUUCUGGGUCCGAAGCCGACAUUCUGGCCGGUGUUUAAGGAACAGCUGUGUUGUCGGACGUACCUGUUCUAUAGCACCAAGGCUCACACCUGGUGUCAGGAAGUGACGGACGACAAGACGCAGCUGCUGCAGCUCUUCAACAAACUGAACAGCGCUCUGAGACAUGAACAGAUGUUUGCUGAUCGUUUUCUUCCUGAUGCUGAAGCAGCUGAAGCUCUGGGUCGAACCUGCUGGGAGGCUCUGAUCACCCCCAUCGUCCACAGCAUCACACUGUCAGAAUCCUCAGCGUCCAGCCCUCUGUCCUGGCUGCUCAGCGAGUACCUGGUUAACACAGAGUCAGCCUGUCGCUGCAAAAGUCGGGCGGCCAUCUUCAACUCCAGAGUGAGACGUCUCACACACCUGUUGGUUCACGUGGACACGAGUCAAACGGAAGACGAAGAGCUGAAACCGCCUGUCAAAUCGAAAGGUCUCAACAGAAGCAAAGAGCAGAAGAAUGGUAAAGAUGGUAAAAACAAAGACGCCACCUCAGCCUCUUCUUCCUCUUCGUCUUCCUCAGCAAAGCCCAAAGUGAAAAGUAGCAGUAGCAUUGCAGGCAUCGCCCUCUGUUGGCAGGGGGUGGUAAAGCGCCAGGUGAAGAAGUUUCUGGAGUCGAGCUGCAGUCAUCCCAACUUUGUGGAGCGUUACCGGACUCUCUACCUGCGGCUGAAGAACGCCAUGGAGGAGCUGUUUGGGCAGCAGACAGCAUUCGUCCUCGCCCUUCGACACGGCUUCUCUGCUGCACUGCUGCAGCUCUCCAUCCUCCGAGCCAUGCACGUGAGUGAGCGUUUUGCUCAGUACAUCGAUCAGAUGAUUCAGGUUAGCUGCGCAGCGUCCGGCAGCGUGGCAACUCUGCAGCGGCUACAGCAGUUUCUGGAGCCGAUGCUCUUCCUCUCGGGCCUGGAGCUCGCGAACACCUUCGAACACUUCUACAGGUACUACCUGGGCGACCGACUGCUAGCUCAGGGGAAUGUUUGGUUAGAGAGCGCCGUCAUCAAUCACAUUGGCAGCUGCUUCCCGAAUCGCUUCCCUCAGCAGAUGUUGAAGAAUCUGAGCGAGUCGGCUGAGCUGCAGCAGGAGUUUCACCUGUACAGGCUACAGCAGUUUGACUGCCACCUGCAGGAGCAUGACCAGAUGACGGAGGAAUGGGAGGAGUCAGAGGAGGAGGCCGAUGCCCAGGUUCUGGUUCUGUCUCCUCGUUGUUGGGCUGUGUCCUCGCUCUGCUUCUUGGAUGAACCAGCAAAACAUUUUUCACCCGAACUUUGCAGCUAUCUGCACCAGUUCACCCAGUUCUACACCCACAGUCAGUCCAUGUAUGGUCUGAGUCACUCAAAGCCUCGGCGGCUGCAGUGGACAUGGCUCGGACACGCUGAGCUUCAGUUCGGCUGCUGGACGCUGCACGUGUCUACACUGCAGUUGUUCAUCCUGCUGCAACUCAACAAGCAGGAGGAGGUUCAGGUGGACGCUCUGCUGCAGGCGACAGGUCUGUCAGCCGCCAUGUUUCUGCAUGCUCUGAUGCCGCUCAUUAGUGAGGGAGGACCGCUGAUCUGCAGCCAGCUGGAUGAUCCCUGCCAGAGUGUGCUGAGGUUGAACCAGCAAAUGGCGUCUCGCAGUCUGGAUGGUGUCCCAGAGUCGCUCCGGCUGCUGCCUGUACAGACGUACCUGAACGUGGACGAGGAUGCGGCCAGGUCGCUGGAGAGGAAGAGGAACUACAUCUACUGUCUGAUUGUUCACAUCAUGAAGCAGGAGAAGGAGAUGCACAUUGACAACCUCGUCUUUAAGGUUCUUGAAUCGUGUCAGAAACAGGAUGCAUCUCGUUCUCCGGGCGCAGGUCGUUUCAGCUGUAGCACCAGCGAUGUGCUCUCCUGCAUCAUGCACGUCAUCGCUAAAGGCUGCAUCCGUCGCAAUGACGAAAACCCACACAUCGUGGAGUUCCUCCCCGAAGACCCGUCCACACCGCAGAAGGGACAGGCCCAGUUCUGCUUGAGCCGCACUGAGUUCAGGAAGGAUGCCGCCAUCGCCGAAAACCAAGCUGAUAUCCGGUGUGACAUCUGACCCUAUACAAAGGGUUAAAUCUGGCUGUCAGGGCUUAUUUAAGUUAGUUUAGUGUCUCAGAGUCUCUCAUCAUCACCAUUUU